UGUUAUGCAUUGAGUCUCACUCUCUUUCAAUCCCUCUAACUCUCGAUCUCUCUCUAAAAGUCUCAUUCAGUCUCUUAGUGUGCAAACAACGAAUCCAUACAACACUUAUUAGUCCAUAACUUGAAAAAACAGAUGAAACUUUGUUCAGUUGAUUAGAAAAAAUUGCAUUUUUAAUAUAUAAAAUAUAAUUUAAGUGACGGCCAUACAAUUGGACAGUUGGCUUAAUCUUGAACCAACAGCAAAAAAAGUUGGCCGAGUUUGACAUUAAUAGUAUCAGUUAUAUACAACUAGUUAUUGAAAAUACAAUUACGAUUGCAGUUAUAAUCACACAAUCAUAUAGUGAGAAGUGGUCGCUAAAUAGUGGCUUAAAUUGUGUUCAAAUUCGUGACAAAUCUAAAGUCAAGUGAAUAAUGAAGUCCAAGAGUUCAACAAAUCUUCCGACGAGUUUACGUAAUGACAAUACGUUUGAAUCGGUUUCCAUUUGGAGGGAACAGAAAUCAUUAAUUCAGCAAAGUUUAAAUUAUUUGCGCAAACGUAAGAUUGAAAGCGCCGGUAAUAAAACCGGUGUCGCGGGUGGUAGUGGUGGUAGUGGUGGUAGUGGUGGUGAUGACCAAUCAAUAAAUGGUAAUGAAUCGACUGAUUCCAGUUCAACGUAUGACGAUUUGAUUCAAUCAAAUAACAAAUCCAAAAGACAUCGGAAAAGCUUGACUUCAAACACAUCCCGCAAAAGAAAGAGUACUGUUAGCGCAAGAGAAAGAAACUUAAGGCGAUUGGAGAGCAAUGAGAGGGAAAGGAUGCGAAUGCAUAGUCUGAACGAUGCUUUUCAGGGCCUCAGGGAAGUCAUACCUCACGUGAGACUCGAGAGAAAGUUAUCUAAAAUUGAAACCUUAACGUUGGCCAAGAACUACAUAAUGGCGCUCACAAAUGUGGUCUGUAGUCAUAGGGGAGAGACAUCACCUUAUGAGACACUGAGCCCUUCCGCUAUGGCCUCAAUUGCUUCUGAAGACACAGUCAGUAAUGAUGACACCUUUAACAACAACGACAACGAAGAGAUUUCAUUAUUCAAUGAAAGGAAUGGAAAUCAUAAGACAUGUCUGACUGAAAGUUCUAUUCUUAAUGGAGAAGCAGUCGAUCCAACAGAUGGUCCAAAACAUAUAAAAGUGGAAACAGAAGACUAAUAAUAAUAAUAUCUUCUUAUCAUUACUACUCUUAUCAAAACACAUCCAUAAAAUUAAU